UCAGGAUGGGUUUGGGCAGCCAUUCUAGAGACUGUGGUCCGCGUGGACCUGAUCCGCUAUAAUCCGCUUGAAGAUAAUUCUGAUGUGGUCCGGGACGGGACAUGACAACCUUUUUGCCAUCGUUCAUGGUAUAAGUUUCUUUAUAUAGAUUGGCAAUAGAUUUUUUUUUGGGAAUAAUUAUAUCAAUAUAGUGGUCAAAAUUGCCGAGCUAGGGACAAAUAGUAUAAGGAUAAAAAGACAAACCCUAGCUUCCGAUCAUGCCUACGAACAAUCUGUGAUCCGUCACUGCGCAGGUAGAUCGACGAUCCUAAAAAUAUACAGUGCUCGUAUUACGGCCGCAAUUUCUCUUCAUACCGUAGCAGCUACGAGUCAAGGGAGCAGGAAUGGUAGAUACCCUAAUUCGAGUCACAGGAACCCUUCUAGGGUGUUGCGUAGGUUAUAUUGUACAACAUAGCUGGGUAUCAGAUCUUGAGACGAAGCGGCAAAAGCUUGUGAGGGAGUCUUUUUGGUACCAUGGGGGACCUGAAAAUCUAAGGGAAAAGAUGUGGUCUGACUUUAAGGUAGUAAAGAUGUGGUCUGAUCUAAAGAAAAAGAUGUCCUCUUUUCCACAGGGAGUAAAGAUGUUUUCUGAUCUAGGGGAUAAGGCUUGUUCUGAACUAAGGGAGAAGACGUUGUCUGAUCCAGGUGAAAUGAUGUCGUCUGAUCUUAAGGAUGAAGAUGGGGUCUGAUCGAAAAUCAAACAUCUCCAAACUUCGAUGAUCAUCGUGUGGAAUCUGAAAUAGUAUUGGGUUUCGUUUUUGUGAAUUACUUGCGUCUUGCCAUCUUGUUCAUUCGCCCAACAAGUAAUGUCAUAUUGGUUCUUAACGA